AUGGCCGGUUCCUACGGCGACAAAGCAUCGGUUCAUCCAACGCCAUCUACCUCAGAGACCCACAAAAUAGCGCUUACUGCAGGGCCCACUCCGGGGCCGAUGGCGAGGCGCCUGGAAGGGCUAGAGAAUUGGAGCUCAGCAACCAAAAUCAAAACUCUAGACUCCAUCGCCAAUGACAUUGCCGCGACCUUGGUGAUUAUAGGGAAGCACACAGAGUCGGGCCAUCUGGACGAAUCACACACAAGCCCGAUAAGUGACGUUCUUGAUUCCAUUCUUAAAACGCAGGAGCGGUGGGUGGAGGACAAAAAAGCACUCUUCCGUGAGCAUAACCGUCUUAGGCGACGGGAAUUCCAACGUUAUGCGGCAAGCUCGUCAGAAGCGUUGGUGGCUUAUCAGAUAAAGGUGUCUAAGUUGAAAGGAGAGGCCCACGAGUUACGACGAAUGGUUGCUGAAGGGAAGGCGGAGGAAGAGCUCCUGCGUUUGCGGAUCCACCACAUACAGGGAAACAGUGAUAAGAUGUUGGAGAAUGGGGGAAAUGGGGGAAAUGGAGGGAACGGAGAGGCUGGUGGAAAGGUCAAGACUCCACAGGAUCAAGAAAUGGUGGAUGUCUCGGAUAGAGAUUAUGAGGACGAAGAUCAGGAUGGCGAAUGGGAAAUUGAUGACGAGAUUGAAUAG